AUGAACGACCAAGGAACAGCUGGUCUCCACCACCUGAAGAGCCCCAUAUCUCUCGACAUCAUUGUGGUAGGGGCCGGGUUGAGCGGUCUCGCUGCGGCUGUUUCAUGCUUACUGUCAGGGCACAAGGUCACCAUCCUCGAGUCUGCGUCUGCACUUCAAGAGGUUGGAGCUGGAUUGCAGGUUACUCCCAAUUCAUCUCGUCUGCUGCGCCGAUGGAAGCUACCCCAAAAAUUCUGGGAUUCAGUUGCCGAGCCUACUCAGCUGGCUGUUCAUCGUUAUUCGGGCCAAGUACUCGCUUUAGAGAACGACUUCAACAAAAACAUCCGGGAAAAAUAUGGAGCUCCUUUUGUUGAUGUCCACCGAGUGGAUCUUCAACUGUCAUUAUUGGAGAGAGCACAGCAACUCGGUGCCAAGGUCGAGUUAUCCCAGAAAGUCAUAAAAAUCGACUUUGACACUCCAGAAAUUACUACACAAAGUGGAUACAAAGCAAAAGCUGAUCUAAUCAUUGCUGCCGACGGUUUGUGGUCACGUUGUCGCGAUGCAUUCCUUGGUACUAAAGAUACACCUAAGCCCACGGGUGAUCUUGCAUACCGAGUCGUCCUCAAGUUAGAGGAUAUCAAGGAUCCCGAGUUGAUUGACUGGGUCCGUAACAGCACGUGCCAUUUCUGGAUCGGGCCUGGUGCACACGCUGUUGGAUAUUCCCUCCGCGGCGGAAACAUGUAUAAUAUUGUUCUGCUUGUCCCUGAUGACCUACCACAAGGUGCCAGUAGGCUUCCUGGAUCCGUUGACCAGAUGAGGGCGCUAUUCCAUGGCUGGGAUCCUAUCUUAGUUCGAUUUCUCGAUCUUGUCACUGAAGUCGACAAAUGGAAGUUGAUGCAUCAUGACGAGAUGGAACAUUGGGUUAACCCACAGUCGAACCUUGUCUUCGUUGGAGAUGCGUGCCAUCCUAUGCUUCCAUAUCUAGCCCAAGGCGCAAACUCAGCAAUCGAGGACGGCGCCGUGUUAGGACUUUUGCUUGGCGCCGUUGAGUCGCCCAGCCAUCUACCAAAAGCGUUAAAACUCUAUGAGCAGUUGCGCAAGAGUCGUGGAGAAGCAAUUGUCCGAGAAACAUUCAAACAGAGGGCAUCAUUCCAUAUGCUCGAUGGACCAGAGCAAGAGAAGCGAGACGAAGUCUUCUUAUCACAACUCGGAAAAAAAGAACUCAAGGCGCCCUUCCCAAGUCGAUGGACGUGUCCUGAGGUGCAGCCCUGGCUGUACGGCUAUGAUGCAUAUCAGGAAGUAUACGAGGCGCUCGCCAGAGAGCCUUUCAGUACUCCUUCCCCUAAAGCAAGUCGUGAAAUCAUCGCGUCCUCUACAAGCUGGAUUUCGCGUCUCUUUUCGAACAUCCAUCGUUGGGUGUGGACAAUAUUGAAGGGGAGGUGA